UUUAUCUUCUGCUUUGCAAACACGUAAGACAUAUAAUAUGUUAUAUCCAUCGUAUUUCGUCGUAUCAUUCUUUUUGAUGACGUUUCUAGCGAUUUAUUUUCUUAUUGAAGAUUAUUGAAGAUAAUUAUGUACUUUUUAUCGGAGAAAAAAUCUGUAAAAUAUAUGUGAGAAAAUAAUUGCACUUAUUUACGUAUGUUACUUGUAAGACGUAUGUCUCUGUAAUAUCCGUAAUAUUCUUCUAGUGUCUUCAUGUCCGUUACAUCGCACUUCUUUUAAAGUAUUUAAAUGUUUCCAUUUUCACGUUUUUCUCACAAGAGUAUUAAAACUGCAACUACAUGACAGUAUCUCCGAAAAAAUUAUGAAAUGAACUCGAGCGUAUCGUAAAGUUCAAGAGUAUAGCAAGUUUAACGAGUAUGUCAUACAUUGUAACGCAAUAUACCGCCCUUCUUAUUAACGUAGGCAUUAGGAGGAAUAAAAAUGCUUUUUAUAACUUAGUCUUAUGUUCGCAAACUUUCAUCACGGAACGGACAGCUGUUAUCAACUAGCAUUUGUAAUAUUUAAUGCACUCUUCGCCGAAGCUACGAGGUUGUUGCACUCACAUCGCGAGCAUGCGUGAUGGUCAUCUUACGUGAAAGACUGAUGAAAACGUAACUAGUGAGGUGAGCUUAUUUGCUUGUUAGUGGUUGAUAUGAACAUUUCAAAGCAUUCAGGUUACAAAGAUUUUGAGUGGGCGGUUGAAUUAAAUCGCUUUGGUUUGAAAUUGACCGGUUUAUGGCCUAAAACCGACGAAACAGUUAAGACUAAUUUUGUGUCCGAUCUUCGUGUGGCCACUGUUUUCAUCAUAAUUUUCCUUUCUAUUAUUUCUUUUUUAUGUGCUCUUGUGCGAAUAUGGGGUGAUGCGUCACUUAUGAUAGACAAUCUCCAACUUACAUUACCUGUAUUAAUAGUCUUGCUAAAACUUGGUAUUAUGCGCUGGAAACAAACAGCUGUCUCACUCCUCAUCAAGAUGAUAGAAGAAGAUUGGUUGCGAGUAAAAAAAGAAGCUGAAAGAGAGGUGAUGAUCAGACGAGCACGGACUGUUCGACUGAUCAUAAUUUGUGGAUAUUUUUUGAUGUUAUUCGCAUUUUUCGUGAUUAUUAUUUUACCUUCUUUCGGUCUGCACUUCAGGCGCCUAACGAAUCUAACAGAUCGCAACAGAUUGUUACCUUUGCAAACCUAUUAUUUCUAUGAUACAGAUAAAAGCCCAUACUUUGAGCUUACACUUGUCGCUCAAGCCUUAACAAUAUCUCUGGGUGGGAUAACUUACACAUCGGUGGAUGCUUUUCUUGGACUUACGAUUUUUCACAUUAGCGGCCAAUUAGAGAACUUCCGAUAUCAGUUACCUAACUUGAUCUCAUGUGAUGAUUUCUAUAGUGCUCUGCGUACCAACGUGGAGACCCAUCUACGACUGAUAAGAUUUAUCAAUAAUGUUGAGGAUACUUUUUCUAUAUUGAUGUUAGGGCUGAUACUCUUCUUUGGUAUUGUAUUUUCUCUAUUUGGGUUCCUUAUGGUUACAUUAGUUACUGGUGGCGAGAUGAUUAAUAUAUCUGUUGCACGAAUAGGCUUCAUGUUAUUUGGCAUCGUUACUCUAUUAACUCAUACGCUUCUCUAUUGUGCAGCUGGAGAAAUGAUAGCAGAACAAUUUCCCUACGUUCGAAUUUUGUUAGAUUUUGUGUGGGCGAUUCAACUAAACCGUUUCGGUUUGGAACUGAUCGGUUUAUGGCCCGGAAACGAUGAAGUCGCUGAAGUUAAGCUUGCUUCCGAUCUUCGCGUGGGCAUCAUUUUCGUCAUAGUAACAUUGAUCUCUGGUAUCCCUCUCGUAUGCUCUCUUGUACGCGUUUGGGGUGACAUGAUACUUAUGAUAGACAAUCUUCAAAUCACCUUGCCUUUGUUAAUAGUCUCGUUAAAACUCGUUGUCAUGCGGCGGAAACGGAUGGCUCUGCUCUCCCUCGUGAAAAUGAUGGCAGAAGAUUGGAUGGAAUUGAAGACAGCGAAGGAGAAGGAUGUGAUGAUAGGACGAGCACAUUUGGCACGUGCGAUUGUCAUCAGCGGAUAUGUUCUGAUGGUACUAGCGUUCAUCGUGGUCAUCGUUCUUCCGUAUUACGGGUUUUCACUAACAAGGCACUUAACAAACCUGACGGAUCCGGGCAAACCGUUGCCGUUACAAACCUAUUAUUUUUACGACAUCAAUAGGAGUCCACAAUUUGAACUGACCUUUCUCAUUCAAGCUAUCACGAUCUUCCUGGCUGCCGUAGUUUAUACGUCGGUGGACGCUUUCCUUGGACUCACAAUUCUUCAUCUCUGCGGUCAAUUGGAAAAUUUCAAAGGACGUAUAGCCGUUUUAUCUUCGUGUCAGAACUUCAUCCGCGUCCUGAGUAACAACGUGAUGAAUCAUCUACGGCUCAUCAGAUUUGCUAGUAUUAUCGAAGAUACAUUUACUUUAAUGAUGCUGGGUUUAGUAUUUUAUUUUGGUAUUGUAUUUUGUCUACAUGGAUUUUUAUUAUUUACUGUGAUUACAGGCGACUUUUCUUUCGCACAAUUAUGUUUUCCGAUAAUUGGUAUUACUAUUUUGUUCACACAUACUUUUCUUUAUUGUGGUGCCGGCGAAAUUGUAACAAAUCAAUGUGAAGGAAUAUAUCGUGCGAUGUGCGAUCUUGAAUGGUACAAAUUGGAAUCGAGAAAAGCAAAGUCUCUUAUUCCAUUAAUGAUACGAGCGAAACAACCUUUUCGCAUCACUGCAGGAAAGAUAUUUCCGCUUACAAUGACUACGUUCUGUAGCUUACUAAAAACAUCGGCAGGCUACAUAUCAUUUCUGUUGGCACAACGAGAAUAAAACUCGAAUUACUAAAUUAUUUAUUAUUUACAUGAGAGGAGUAGUUGUAAUAUAUUUCCAGUUAGAUAAUUACAUACAAAGAAUGCAACAAGAAUAUUAUUUAGUAUCAUAACUGUUUCAGAUAUUUAAUACUAUGCUUGUAUAGUUUUGAAUUAUACUAUUCUUAUAAUUAUAAUAUACUUGCUAGAAUAUAAAGUCUUUUUCAUCACA